UAAAUUGGUUACAUUAUUUGUAAGAUAACAGUUAAAUUGGUUUGACAACAGUGAUAAACAAUAAUAAACAUGAAUGCAAUAGAAGCAGAAACCGUCGGUGAUCUUAUUCAGAAAAUGAUUAUUUCUAUUCGUGGAGAACAAAAACCAGAAAUAAUUAGAAAAUGGAUGCGUUUUUCACUUGGAUUACUAUCAUCAUCUCAAGGACUGGAAACUUUACAAGAAGAUGAAAUUACUGUGGUCAGUCACAUAAAGGAUAAGUUGUCACCUUGCGAUGAAGCACAAUUUGAUAAAUUGUAUAACGACUUGAAAGCAGGGCCGCUAAAGAAUAGAGCACGGAUCCUCAUUUUUCUGCUGAACAUGUAUCAGUCAACGGAACAACUAAAGGAUAGAAUUUUCUUGAUUCCUGACUUGAAGCUAGGUCUAAGCCCAUCUGUUGCAUCUACCAGCGGACAGACUUCAGAAACUUAUGCACCAUCGCAAAUUGUAUCUGUAAAUGUCACAGAUAAAAAUACAAGAGAUUUUUUAACAACCAGUAACAAAAUAUAUGGCGAUGAGUAUAUUUCAGAAGAUGUAUUGGUUCAGGAUCUCAUAUAUUCCUUUCAAGGUAUCGAAGGAAAGAUACUAAAAUUGGACUCCAAUUAUGGUUUCCAAAUAGAUCCAAUGAUUAAUAUCGACAGGUCACGAAAAAAUGCUACUCUGAGAUUGAGUGAACUUGGAUAUUUACAUAAUAUAGUACAAAAAGGAUUAGAAAGAAUAUCAGCUGCUUCGAGUGGUCAGGUAGCUGAUAGUUUUGUUGCAGCAUUGCAUUCAGAGUUAUCUGAGUAUUACAGAUUUAUAGCUAUUAUUCAAGAAGAUGUAAACAGAGCUCAAUCUCAAUCUGGAUUAUAUAGAGUUACUCUAUCCCAUUUGCACCUUUGGGCAUAUGAGCCUUUAGAUACUUUAAAAUGGUUAGCAAAUAUAGUGAGAGCAUGUCAAGGACAAAUAGGUGGUGCUCUCGUUUCUGCUGUAUAUGAAUUUAGCAACCAUGGUGAUGCCAGUGUGAAAAAGUUAGUCAAAAGGAUCUUGGAAAAUGUUUGUGAUCCUUUAUAUAAUAUGUUGAUAAGGUGGAUUGCUGAUGGUGAAUUAGAUGAUCCAUACAGAGAAUUUUUUAUUGAAACCUGUGCUGAUAUUACUGGAGAUAGAAUGUGGCAUGAAAAAUAUCAAGUUCGCAACAAUAUGCUCCCAUCAUUUAUUACACACAUACAAGCUAAAAAAAUUUUGGGAACGGGUAAAAGUAUUAAUUUUUUACGUGAAGUAUGCAAAGAUUUUACUCCAUGGCAAGGAAAACAUACAGAAAUGUUUAAGAAUUUUAGCGAGGAAUAUAAAGUUGAUGUUCUGUUCGACAUGGAUCCCGAUGGUCGACUACAAACAAUGAUGGAUGCAGCGUUUAAAGAAACUUCAACUAGAGUAGUUGAAAUAUUAAUGAAACAAUACCACUUCAUGGAUCAUUUACAUGCAAUCAAAGGUUAUUUGUUACUAGGGCAAGGGCAUUUUAUUCAACAUUUAAUGCAUUUAUUAGAACCAGAAUUAGAUAAACCUGCCAGUUCUUUAUAUCCACAUAAUAUAUCAUCUAUUCUGGAAACAGGGAUAAGAGCGACCAGUUCGAAAAUAGAUGAUUUAGAUGUAUAUAGACGACUAGACGUAAGGUUAUUGGCACCUUCGGAGAAUGAGAAAGGAUGGGAUGUUUUUAUCCUUGAUUAUAAUGUAGAUGGCCCCAUUGGAACGAUUUUAGAACCGUGUCGACAAAUAUAUCAAACUAUAUUUUUUGCUUUAUGGAGAGCAAAAAGGAUGGAAUCUAUAUUGUCUGCGAUUUGGAAACGACAAAUAACCUCGGCGAAGAUGUUUCGUAAAAUGCCAGAAGUAUUACCGAUCCAGACUCACAUACAUUUAAUCACAAGCAGUAUGGUUCACUUGGUUCACCAAAUGCAGUAUUUCUUCUUAUUUGAAGUAAUUGAGUGUUCGUGGGAUGCAUUUGCAAAGCAGUUGGGACAAGCAGCCUCAUUGGAUGAUAUAAUUACGGCGCAUACUUACUUCAUAGACACAGUAAGGCGUGGUACUUUACUCGACGAGAAAUCCCAAGAGUUAAUGGACCACUUGCGUUCAGUAUAUGGUCCAAUCUUAGAUUUGCUGAAUCUCGAAGAAACGUUUCUUACGAUGGCCACACAAGAAUAUGAGGCGAGAAUGAAGGACGGCGCCUCGUUAGAUCCUGCAAAUAUUAACAAUGCAGCAGUUACUAAACGUCAAAGUGCUUUUUUAAAAUAUCUAAACACAUUUUCUAUUCAACUCAGAUUACUUUCAAGGACAUAUCAGGAUAGAGUGAAGAAGUUUCUUAUAAUGCUUGCAUCUGCUGAAGAUGUCUCUCUACAAUUACUAAGUGUACGGUUAGACUUCAACGAAUAUUAUAAAAGUAAAGAUAGCCGCCUUGUUGUGCCGCUAACAUAUUUACACCGUAGGCAAAGCGAUCAAAUUUUUCUUAGUUAUAAGUAACAAAUGCCAACAAAAUUUUGAUUAAUAAUUCUAAUCAAGUUAGGUAACAAUGCGCAUAACAACUCCAGCCAUAAUUGAUAAUUAAACGUGAUAAAUGUAUUAUUUUGUAUUAAUAUUCUAAAUAAUUAUUUAUUUUUUUUCAUUUCUCUAUGUACACAUGACUGAUUAAUAAAAAGCCUAUAAAUUGUAAU